AUGGAGUCUCCAAGAAUCCAUGGAGUUGCUGAGGAGAAGAGUAGUUGUGAAUCAGGAUGGACUAUGUACAUAGAAGACACUUUCCAUGGAAACAAUCAUCACUCUGAUGUUGUCUAUGAAGACUAUGAUGAUGGUGAUGAUGGUGACUUUCAUGUCAAAGAUCAGGUCGAUGAUGGUGGUGAUGAUGAUGAUAGUAGUGACGAUAAGAGCGAUGACUCAAUGACUUCUGAUGCAUCCUCAUGGCCUAGCACUCAGCUUCCAAAGAACACCAAGAAUCAUGCAGCUACAAAGAAUGUCAAACAAGUCAAUCACAAGACAAAGAAUAGAGCUUGUGAAACAUUCAGCGACGAAGAAGAGGAAUCUGAGCUCAAGGCAAGAACAAGAACAAGAACCACUGGAGCUAGUCGUGUUCAAAGUAGAGGCAAGGUGAGCAAAACCAAAUAA